AUGGAAGAAGAACUGCGUCGUUUGAAUGAAAAAUGGACCACCGAGGUCCUCGAUCCACGCACGUUGGCACUUGCCCAGCACUCGGCGAGAGAGAAGCACAAAGCCAAGCAAAGCGAGCAGACGCACCAGGCGCUGCAGCAGAUGCUGCUCCAGCAGCAGUUGGUCUUUGCGACUUUACAGUCGGCAAUGGCGCGGGCUCCUCUGCACUCGAGUGGUCAAGCUAUCUUUGAGGCCCUCCACUUUAACACUCACCUCAACCGCAAUCCCAACGAGAGGGAACAGGUGCUUCUGGCUCAUCACCAGCGGUCGAUUGCGGCGCUGCCGUCGAUCGUUGAGAAACUGACGCAGAUGGCAAUAAACAAGGUCGUUGCAAGCCAGAAGGAGGACAAGCAGAUGGAACAGGGGAUGCCGCUGUCGCAGAUUGACGUGACAGGGUGCAGGGAUUCCACUCUUAUAUCGAGCGUCUUUAUCACCAAGAUCCCACACACGUCCCUCGAGGAAGUGUAUGCGGCAGUUAUGGCCUACUUUGACGGCAUCCCGACCUCCAUGAAGCGUCAUUUUAAUGUGAACGCCGAGCGUGUCCGACUGAACAGUGAGGACUCACCCGUGGUGUACCGUCGCUCGACGUUCCAAGGAGCAGGGCUCCCUGCCAUUGUGAACAAUGUCAUCUGCUCGGAGCUGACGUCUUCACAUGGGAUGGUGCACAUUGACGCAAUCGUUGACGACCCGCUGCAUCCGGUUCACAAGAGUUUGUCGUCCCAGUAUGGAAUUGGUGCACUCACUGUCACACCUCAACAGGAUGCGGUGCCUGGACAGCCGACGUCGGUGACGUUACGGUGGGUUGUUGUUUACCACUACAACAUGCUGCCAGAUGACUUGGCCCUCAAGAAGGACCUGGAGAUUAUCCGACCUCUUCUAAACGGAGACCUACUCACAGCGACCGUGUGCGACUACAUUCAACAACACCAGCAGCAGCUGCUAGGUCCUACCAACUAG